AUGACCAUGUCUGCUAUUACAGGAAAAAUUGUUUUAAGAAAUGCCACUAAAGUUUCACUUGAUCGCAGAUUUGGUGAUAUUGCAAAACAAACACCACGUUAUCAAGCAAAUUUUCAACCACAUGUAACAAUUCCGAACAUUCGAGAUGAAAUAUUUCAACAAAAACGUGCUAGUGCAAAUGAAAGACGACAAGAUAUAAUGAUGAGAAAUCGACCUGCCGCAUUAGACAUUGCUAAUCGUUUGAAAAAAAGAAGUAUUAGUUAUCGCCUUGGUAGAGGUUUUGGAAAUUAUAAUCGCGGUGGAAUGGGACGUUUUAAUUUAAAUCAGCGACUUAGUGGAACGCCAAGAAUAAUUCAUCGAAUUGGUUUCGGAAGAGGACGGCGUAUUGGUGGCAGUUUAUUUUCACCAAGAGGUGCAAAUCGAAGUCCACGUGGUGGUGGACUGAUGCGUGGUCGUGAACGAAUUGGUGUACGUAAUUUUCGUGGACGAUUUAAUCGUGGUUUCAAUAAUCGCUUUAAUAAUAAUAAUUUGCAAUCAAAUCAGAAUUCAGAGCGAAAUAGUUUUCAAAGUGGAAGAGGUCGUGGUACCUCGCUAAGAGGAUCUCGCGGUAAUCGUGGCAGUGGAAAUAAUAUACGUGGUAAUUCAAAUCGUGGUGUUGGAAAUUUUCGUGGUCGUGGUCGUGGUAGAGGAGGAGCCAGAAAUAGUGGAAAUAAUAAAAAUCAAUCGAAAAAUAAUAACAAUAACAGCAACGAUAAUAAUACAUCCAUUACUAAAGAAAAAUUAGAUUCCGAUCUUGAUUUUUAUAUGUCUCAAACAAAAAUUGAUGAUGGUUUCGAUAUUACAUAUGCAAACGGUUCAAAUUAA